GCUUCCAUCCUGCAAGACCAUCAACGUAGCAGAAAUUAGCAAGCGAAAGCAGUGAGCUCGAUCGGUUAGUGAUCUUCCACUCCCACUCCCAGUCUCCAUCGGCCCAAACAGAGAUGGCACUUUCUUCUCGCCGUGUGGCCGCGUCCGCCGCCCUCCUCCUUCUCCUCCUCCUCGCCACAGAGCUGGGGACGACGACGGUGGCGGAGGCGAGGACCUGCAUCUCGCAGAGCCACAACUUCAAGGGCGCCUGCCUGAGCAGCACGAACUGCGCCAGCGUCUGCAGGACGGAGAACUUCCCCGACGGCGACUGCAAGACUCGGCGCUUCCAACGCAAGUGCUUUUGCAUAAAGAACUGCUGAUGGGCUAGCGCUCUGCCGGCCGGCCGCCGACGGCGACCUCCGCUUCUGCUCCCGUUGAUCGGCUACUAGUAGUUCGUCCGUCGUGUCAUCGAUCGUUAUGUUGUACGCGCGUCUGUCUGCUAGAUGUUUCCUCCGUGCGCGCAUAGAAUAAAGUAGAAUCCGUAGUUGUGUGUUUCUCGGAUAUGCAUUCGUUUGUGUGUGAAGCUUCUUGCGAGUGAUUUGAUUUUUCGCGAGCAAAAUCUAGACCUCGCAGUAUUGUUGUUGUGUGUCGUCGUGUCUGUGCAAGAUGCUGCUGCUGCCAUGUAAUUAAGGUCGUUAAAUGGAUAUAUGUAUGUCUGUUUCUGUGU